GCUAUUCUUUUUGUUAUUUCAACUCUUGUUUCUUUCUUCUUUCUUUGAAUAAGGCUAAUGGCAAACGAUGAUGAUGGCAAGGCCAUGGCCAUGACCCCCAUCAACAUGAUCCAUCUCAUGCCCCUCUUCGCCAAGGAGCUUCUCGCCGGAGGCCUUGCCGGUGGCUUUGCCAAGACUGUCGUUGCUCCUCUCGAACGUGUCAAGAUUCUCUUUCAGACCCGAGGAGCUGAGUUUCAAAGCACAGGGCUCUCUGGAUCAGUUCUCAGAAUUGCCAAAACUGAAGGCCUUUUGGGUUUCUACAGAGGAAAUGGAGCAAGUGUUGCCAGGAUUAUUCCUUAUGCAGCUAUUCAUUAUAUGGCCUAUGAGGAAUACCGAAGAUGGAUUAUGCAAACUUUUCCUAAUGUUUGGAAAGGACCUACUCUUGACCUUGUGGCAGGUUCACUCUCUGGAGGGACUGCUGUUCUUUUUACUUAUCCACUUGACUUGAUUAGGACUAAGUUAGCUUAUCAGAUUGUUAGUCCAACCAAAUUCAAUGCUUCCGGGGUGGUUAAUAAUGAACAACUUUACAGAGGGAUCCUUGAUUGUCUUGCAAAGACUUACAAAGAGGGUGGAAUUAGAGGUCUCUAUCGGGGAGUGGCUCCAACACUCGUCGGAAUAUUCCCAUAUGCGGGUUUGAAAUUCUACUUCUAUGAGGAAAUGAAGCGCCAUGUUCCUGAGGAGUACAAUAAAAGCAUCAUGGCCAAACUCACGUGUGGAUCAGUAGCAGGUUUAUUGGGUCAGACCUUCACAUAUCCUCUUGAAGUUGUUAGGAGGCAAAUGCAGGUUCAAAAAUUCCUGCCAUCAGAUAAUCCUGAAUUGAAGGGGACUCUGAAAUCCAUUGUUUUGAUUGCCCAAAAGCAUGGCUGGAAGCAACUGUUUUCAGGGCUGAGCAUCAAUUACAUAAAGGUUGUUCCAUCUGUGGCUAUUGGGUUUACAGUUUAUGAUACUAUGAAAUCAUGGCUGAGAGUUCCAUCUAGAGAUGAAGCUGCUGUUGAAGUAGUAACCAACAAAAGAACCGGUCAUCCUCACAGUAAUGAUAUAAAAUGAUUCCCUUCAUAUUUUAGCCCUCCUAACUCCUCAAAGGCUUCAGACUGGCCUCUUGGUCUGGUUCACUUGUACUGUUAUUCAUAUAUUGUUUUAGCUGCACAUUGCAUUCUUUCAAGUUGUACAGUGAGAUGGAGGUUAUUCCAUUUCAAAUAGGAUAAGAUCAUAAGGCAUGUAUUUUUGUACACCUUACCAAGGAAUGAUCCCUUUACUCGGAUCUCAUUCAUUUCAUAAAAAGGAGGACACGGUUGUUUGUGGUUUAGAUAGGACAAACUAUGUACUUGUAAAUAAAAAGAUUAAUUGCACUUUCUGAAUGUGCAAGUAGAGAGAAUAAUUUAGAAAUGUUAUCUGAUAUCUCUUCACUACAUUUGGUUUAUU